AAUUGAUCUGAAUUUCCUUAUGCCAUUUGAUACGACUUCCUUAUUAGUAGUCGGAUAUCUUCCUUGUCCAAUGUGUUUAUAUCCCGACAGUUGAUCUCUACCACCUUAUCAUACGACAUGGAGUAUCUGUUCUUGUUCAUCUGUAUACUGAAUUUUUCAUACUCCUACAAACCUGUGGUGUUCAUCCAUGGACUUAUGGGUCACUCAUCCGAUGGAAGGUUGAUCAAUGAAACAAUUCAAAAGUUACACCCCGGUACCCCGUAUUAUGCAGUCAAUGCUUUCACGAGGCUUGAUACAAUAUUACCUUUGUGGGAAGAAGUGGAAAUCGUCAAACCACACCUACGGCAAUACAUGAAGGCUCAUCCGGAAGGAAUCCAUUUAAUUUGUUACUCACAAGGUGGCGUCGUUUGUCGAGGGCUGCUCUCUACACUUCCCGAUCACAACGUGGACACCUUUAUAGCCCUCAGUUCUCCUCUGGCAGGACAGUUUGGGGAUUGGAAGUUAUUUCACAAGCUUUUCCCAAAUUUUGUGAAAGAUAAUGUAUACAAACUUUUAUAUACUAAAUUUGGGCAAUCUGUUUUUCUCGGAAACUACUGGAAAGAUCCUCACCAUUUAAGUCUAUACAGAAAUUUUUCAAAUUUUCUGGCUCCCCUGAACAAUGAUUCCAUAUCAGCCAACAUAACAGAAUACAAGCAAAACUUUUUGCGGUUGAAAAAGAUGGUUUUGAUUGGUGGUCCAGAUGAUGGAGUCAUUUCACCAUGGCAAUCAAGCCAAUUUGGUUUCUAUGACGAUAAAGAGGUGGUACAAGGAAUGGCAAAGCAAAGGUUUUACAGAGAAGAUUCUUUUGGCCUGCGAACGAUGCAUGGUCAGAACAGGAUAAGAAUAUAUGAAAUACCGGACAUUCGUCACUCGCAGUGGGUUCAAAAUUUGACGGUGAUACAGAACGUGAUUGUAAAAGCUCUUUCCUAGACGUAUUACUUAUGGUUUUAUCUCAGAACUGUGUCAAUGAACAAAAAAUAAAUAUAUGAAUACUUAUA